AUGGCUACAUUAACGCAGCUACAAUCUGCUACGCAAAAUUCUACAACCGAAACAAUAACACAAAACCGUUUUCCUCUUGUACAUGUUUUAACAUCAAAACCAGAAGAUAAUGUAGAUAAGAAACAAGAACCAUUCGAUUUCGAAAAAACUAUUAAAUUUCUAAUCGAUCCUCAUGCAUCACAUCUACUCGAUCGACGAAUUCGUCAAUGUCAAAAAUUAUGUCGAUAUUACAAAAAUGGAUAUAUUCUCAAGGAUUUACAUUAUCUUAUGAAAAUUUUCAAUAUACUCGCCGAUCUUUGUCAAGAUCAACCAAAUUAUAUUGAUCCAUUUAUAGAAAUUUUACAAAAUUGUUCAAAACCAUUUCUAUUAGAUAAAUCAACAGAUGCAGAAAUUUAUUCAACAGCACUUACAGCUUUCUAUUCAGAUUUUGGAUAUUUACUUCGUAUACCAAUAAAACGUAUUCAAAAAUGUAUACUUGAAACACUUUAUAAAUCAAUUCAAUCAUCAAAUAAAUCACCAUUACCAUCUAAUAAUUAUGAUGGAUUAAAACCAGCUACAAUGGAUUAUCUUCUGAGUAUUCAAUGUAAUAGUGAUCUUUGUGAAACACUUGUGAAAACACUUUCUCUUGUCGAAGAAGAUUUAUCCUUACGUAUGUUAAUUGUAAAAUUAUUACAAAGUUUUUCAUCAAAAUCAACUGAAUGUAUAGCAAAAAUGUUAACACAUGAUUGUGUCAAUCGUUUAGUAUUGAAAAUAAAUGAUACUGAUUCAACUGGAGAAUUUUUAUUUCGUACAAUUGAAACACUUUGGAAUAUACUUGAACAUGGUGAUGAAGAACAAAUAAGUGAUCAGCUUAAUUCUCGUGUUACCAUUAGUCUUUUACAAGAAGCAUUUCUUGGUCAAGUAACUCAAUCUCAUAGUCAAUAUCAUCGUCAAUUAAGAAAUGAUAUUCUUGUUGUUUGUUCUCUUAUUAUUGGUCUUAAACCAGAUGCUCCAUUUGUUGAAACUGGUUUUGCUAAACAAUUACUUUUAUUUGCUUCAUAUCCAGAAUUACGAAGCAAUAGUCCAUUAGUAAAAAAUUUUAAAUUAACAGCAGCACAAGAAGAUUUUGAAUUUAAAAAAUUACUUUUUAAUACAGUUGUUGUACUUAGUAGAAAUCCUGUUAUGAAUGAAUUAAUGAUUGAUAGUCGAGUAUUACUUGCUUUUCUAUCCUAUAUUGAACCAUUACCAAGAAAAGCUCAACCAGGAAAUAAUUUUGAAUGGUCAUUAGCUCAAAUUGAAGAACUUCAAUUACAUGCAAUUGCAGCGCUUUCAAUUCUAUUACCACGAUCAUUAAAUGAAUAUUUUGAAUAUCAUGUUGGUACAAGAUUAUUAUUAUUCUAUGAAUGGACAAUAAAUGAUGAUGAAUUUCAAAGUCAAGGAAAUAGUUUUUUUGGAAAAGGUGGUCGAAAUAAUAAACGAUCACAAUUAAGAUAUGUUCUUCGAUUAUUUCGUAGUAUUGUAUCAACAAGAGAUGAACGUAUACAACUUGAUUUAUCUGAUCAAGGAAUUAUUCCAUCAAUUACAGGAUAUUUAAGACGUAUAUCACAACAAAAAACAAUUCAUAUGGAUUAUGUGGAUUUAGAUGUUAUUUGUGAUGGAUUGUUUAUUUUAAGUUGUCUAUGUGAAUUAGAUGUUCAUAGAAAAGAAAUUUUCGGUUCUGAAGGUAUUGAAAUGUUAAUUCAAUUACUUGUCGUUGAAUCUGCAUAUGUUUGUGGUGGUCUUGGUUAUCAUCGUUUACUUGUUGCUGCUAUUGAUUGUGUAUGGUGUUGUGUUGUUGGUAGUGUUAUCAAUGAAGAUGAAUUUAUUCAAAAACAAGGCAUUUUUGCUUUACUUGAUCUUAUUGCAACUAACCCAAAAUCAUUACAAAAUAUUGUUCUUGGUUGUGUAUUAGAUCUAACAGAAAAUAGCAAAUGUCUUCAUUUUCUUAUGGCAUGGCAAGGACAUAAACAACAACAAUUUACACAUGUUCUUUGUGAAUUAUGGCGAGAUGAAGAACGUGAAAUUUAUGUAUCUCGAACAGAAAAAGGCGUUAUUCAUGAUCAUACAAAACCAUUAAUGGGUAUUCUUCAACAAACAGUUCCAAUAACACCACUUGGACGUUUAGAGCCAUCACGAUCAAUAUUAGAUUUAAUUGAUAAUAUGAGAUCGAAAAUCUAUGGAUUUUUUUGUAAAUUAGGUUUUACUGAUUUACCUGGUUUACAUGAAGAAGAUUAUGUAACAUUAUGUAUUAUUGAAAAUUUUCUUGAUUUUAAAAUGGGUGAAGUAUGGCAAGAAAUUGUUGCUGAACUUGAUAUGGAAGGCGUGAAAUUAGUUGCACCUGAUAAUGAAGCGGCAGAUACAAUUUUACGCGCAACAGAAGAACGUGGAUUAGCUGUUGCUGCAACACAAAAUUAUAUUCUUGAGGAAUAUCAUAAACAAGAUUUACAAUAUGAAAAAGCAUUUUAUGAUGAUUUAAUACGAAAUCAUAUUUAUAAAGAAAAACGGACUGAACAAUGGAAAUCAUUUGUUUUACGAACAUCAAAAUAUCCAUUACUUAUGGCUGCGAAAGAUUAUCAAAAUCAAGCUGUUCGUCAAUCACGACCAGAAGAAAAAGAUUAUUCAGAUUAUCAUACUGUUCAUAAUCUAGAAAUUCCAAAUCUAUCAAUAACAGCAUUUGCUGGACCAUUUUUACAAAUUGAGAGUACACCUAUUGAAUUAUUAAAUAAACAGCGACAAGUCGAAUUAACAUCAUAA